AUGGGAUUAGGGGUACUAGAUGACACACAUCUCGAACAUGUUCCGGGAACAGCCCUUCUGACCGAUAUACAAGGAUCUGACACCUUGCCCUUGCGGCAUGACAAGGGAAAAGAUUCUGAUGUUCUUCUUGUGCCACAGCCAUCAAGCAGUCCAAAUGAUCCCUUGAAUUGGCCAUUAUGGAAGAAAGACCUGAUGCUCUUCGUAAUAUGCAUUGAUACCGCUGUUGUGGGCGCUUGGGGUCCUAUGAUCUCACCGGGCUAUGCCAUUAUGGCAGAGCAAUUCCAUAUGUCAUAUAACUCAUUAAAUGGUGGUCUCGGAUGGGGAGUUUUUGUUAUUGGCAUAUCCUGCUUCUUCACCCAGUCCAUGGCUGUGAUAUGGGGCCGCCGACCGGUGUUUCUGCUAGGAAACCUGUUGUUGUUCAUCAGCAGUGUAUGGGCGUACUUCGCACAUUCCUACAAGUCUCUGCUCGCAUCUCGAUUGGUUGGAUGUAUUGGAAUGUCUCCAUUUGAAGUAUUGGUUACAUCUACAAUCGCCGACUUGUAUUUCGUUCAUCAACGCGGUGUCCGACUUGCAGCAUGGGGUCUAUGUCUGUCGAUCGGUGUUGGCGGUGGCACGAUUAUAUCUGGAUACAUUAUAACGGAUCUAGGCUGGAACUGGACAUACGGAAUCUGCGCUGUCAUAUAUGGGGUUUGGAUUUUGGUUCUUUUUUUCUUUUGCCCAGAGACAGCCUAUCGCCGUCCUGUAGCCCUGAAUGUUGAUUUAGGGACGAGAGACAAGGCAGCCGAGUUGAUGGACAAUAACGACAAGGCAACGACGACAAACAUUGAGGAUGUUGAAAUGAGCGGAGACACGCCUGAUAAUGUCGAGCUGAAACAUAGCUACUGGCAUGAGUUGAAGAUUUUCCAUGACCGUGUCUCUGAUGAUGCCUUCUGGAAAGUCUUGACGCGUCCACUUUUGAUGCUGAUUUUCCCUCAAGUUUUAUUCUCUUUUUUCGCAUAUGGACUAACAAGCUCGUGGCUCAUUGUUGUGGGAAGUGUAUUGGCGCAGAUCUUCACUGCGCCACCAUAUAACUUUUCCGUGUCUGGAGUCGGCCUUGUUGCUAUCUCGCCCGUCAUAGGCUCCGUAAUCGGCGCAUUCAUAUCGGGACCUGCAGCAGAUAUGGUCAUCAAAACAAUGAGCCGGCGAAACAAUGGUAUCUACGAGCCCGAGUUCCGGUUGGUGAUUAUUGUCGUAUGCCUGAUCAUCGGUGGGAUGUCCUUUUUUGGCUUCGGAUUGUCCCUGCAAGCGGAAGAUCCAUGGAUUGGGCCAGUCGUGUUUUAUGGACUACAAUACUUUAGUGUCGGUUUCAUGUCAAUUGCAGUCUACGGCUACCUGACUGACUGUCAUCGGGACAAGGCACCCGAGGCAUUUGCGGCUAUCAAUCUCCGAAACAUCUACUCCUUCGGAAUGAAUUAUUUUGUGUCUUCGUGGAUUUCUUCCCAGGGCCCAAAAGAAGUGUUUUGUAUAAUUGGAGGGGUGCACGUGUUUAUCUGUCUAAUGGCAAUUCCGAUGUAUAUCUUUGGCAAGCGCUGCCGGAGUUGGACGAAGAGGGUUUCCAUUUUUGAAAAGGUCAUGAGAGCUUAG